AUGUCCUCAUCCACCUCGGUUGGUCAGUCAAAUGGCACCCCGGCGCCGAAUCCAGGCAUGCAAACAAUAUCGAUGAACGGGAAAGCUUCCGUGGCGCCGCCACAACCUACGACAGACGGCGUCGAGCUCAAGAGCAUGACUGCCAGUAAUGGUAAUGGCAAUGGAAAUGGCGCAGGAGAAACCGGCAGACCUCCGCUGCCCAUUGAAUCAGAUAUCAUGCAGUUGGCGCGUUUAGGCGAAAUUGGCGCCAUGCAAAAAUUGUUUGAUUCGAAGAGAUUCAAUGCCAAAUAUAAAGAUGAAGAGGGUAUUACGCCAUUACACUGGGCAGCCAUCAAUAAUCAGUAUGCAAUGUGUCGGUUCCUGCUCGACUGCGGCGCAGAUGUUAACGCAAAAGGAGGCGAGUCCGUUGCAACACCGGCCAUGUGGGCUGCACAGAGAUGUCACUACUAUAUAGUCGAUUUACUCUUGCAACGAGGCGCCGAUCCUCUUCUCACCGACGUUCAGGGUUACAAUAUCUUGCACUUGGCCACUAUUGACGGAAAUGCUUAUUUGGUGUUCUUGCUACUACACCAAGGUAUACCCGUUGAUAUCCCGGACCCCCAGGGACAUACUGGCUUGAUGUGGGCGGCAUACAAAGGACUUCCGGUCUGCGUGGAUCUGUUCCUUCAAUGGGGCGCAAAUGUGAAUGCGGCGGAUGAAGGAGGUCUGACGCCAUUACAUUGGGCGUUGGUAAAAGGGUCAUAUAUGUGUGUUCAAAAGGUGCUCGAGUAUGGCGCGGAUCGAUUCGCAAAUACCAGAGAUGGGAAAUCUCCGUCUACCGUGGCCAGUGAAAUGAGGUCACUUCGAGUCUGGCAGCGAGCCUUGAAUGAUUACGGCUACGAUAAGAGUGGCAACUUGAAAACCCUCCCCAUGGGCAUGACCAUGUUUGUGCACAAUAAGAGUGUCCUCACGAAAUACUUUUUUCUGUGGCCAUUCCUGACGAUGUUUAUUGCCAUUUGGUUACUGAGCAAUUUGGCGAUCUACAUUGGGCUUCCAGUGGCUGCGGUUUUUAUUUUUGGUAUGCAUUACGCCGCUCAACAAGUUGCCAACAAUGGCCCUGGAGAAUUUCGAGUCUUGCAGAAAACACCGUAUCUAGCUGGUGUCUUUGCGGCGAGCCUUUUCUGGGUUAAUGUUACAUAUCUCUUCCGUGUACUUCCCGUGACAUGGUCUACACACCCCAUUCUCAAUGUUCUCUUUGCCGUAUUUGCAGUCACUACGACCUAUUUCUAUAUAUUCUCCAUGGCUGAAGAUCCUGGCUAUAUCCCGAAGCUCAGCAGCCGAAACCAGCAAAGGGAAACCAUGCGCGAGCUUGUCGAUAACUGGAAGUUCAACGAAGAACAUUUCUGCAUUCACUGCAUGGUUCGCAAGCCUGUGCGAAGCAAGCACUGUCGACGAUGCUCGCGAUGUGUCGCCAAACAUGAUCAUCAUUGUCCAUGGAUCUACAACUGUGUAGGCGCCAACAAUUUACGACACUUCGUUAUCUACAUAUUGUCUUUGGAAGUUGCUAUAUUGUUCUUUAUUCAGCUAGUAAUUCGCUAUAUCGAAGUUCUUCCCGCCCCAGAAACGCUCUCAUGUAAUGUUAUCAACGAUAACCUUUGCACAAUCAUAUCUAAGGAUACCUUCACCCUCUUCCUCACCUUCUGGGCCGCUCUGCAAUUAGUAUGGGUCACGAUGCUCUGCUGCGUCCAGUUAGUGCAAAUCUCCAGAAACCAAACCACGUUCGAAAACAUGCGAGGCUCAAUCAGUACAGCCGGCGGAGCCUCACAAGCCAUCACAUCCGCUCUUGUAGCCGGAACCCCUAACCCAGCUGCCGCAGGUCUCACCGGUGCCGGUCACGGCCCAACACCAGGAGCCCCCCCUGCUGGUGGUCAUGGCCACGGCCACGGCCAUCACCACGGACGUAAAGGCGGUUUCCUAGGACAAUGGAUGGGCCUACUCGGACUCGACACAUUCUUCGCAACAGCGCAAGGCCGCUCAACCCGUCAAAAGAACCCCUUCUCCCGUGGCUUAGUGACUAAUUGCCGCGAUUUUUGGCUUGAUUCUGCACCUGUAUUCCGUACUCGGAAACCCGGGUCUGGCAUGCUUGACGGCGAGGUAGUGGAUUACUAUAAAAUGUACGAGCCACCAUUGCGAAUGUCACAUGGGGGCAGCUCUCGAAAUGGUGGGAAUUAUGUCAGUGUUGCUGGCGAUGAGCCUGAAAGCGCUGUUUGA